AGGAGUGCGGUCGUCCCUGCGCUGUAGUCUGUCAGUUUAGUAUAAGCAAAGAAAUACUGAACCCAUAGAUUUAACGAACUGCGAUAAUAAACGAACGAAGUUAUUCGAAAUAUACAUAUAAUUUUAACAAUUAGGUGUUGUUGUGUCAACUGUUGAACUGCUUCUUUGUGAUAAGUGUUUUAUGGUGUGUAGUGUAGUGCGCUUCGGAGUCCCGUUGGCCGGUAUUUUACCAAAUGUCAAGCCAUUGGAAUUUACAAUGUGGAGACUUGAAUACGCUGGAUACCGUCUGAUGUAUUCACCAUGACACAGUGACAGGAGAUGUCGCAGUCUGCGCUAGGCUUGGGAGGUGAGCGGCGCUACUCUGUGCCCUCUAACCCCAUGAUGCAUGAUCCGCGGGGAAUGCACUCUGAAGAUCUACACGCCUGGUCCAUUUACAGGCAAAAUCUAAAUUCCGAUUUCACUGACAGUGCUCUCGGUAGCACUGACAAAAGUCCCCUGCCAUAUGGAAAUUUCCAGCUUCGUGAUACAACAGUUCAAUCUAUCCUUUCUCACCCUAGAUAUGGGCCAAAAUCAGCUCUCGGUUCCAAUAUGUACACAUACCUUAAAUUCGGGUUGCCUCGUGUUUUUCCACCUAAUCACAAUGGCUCACAACGAUCGGGAACUCCAAAACCAAAAACAUCUAUUGGAAGCGGCAUGAAAUCUGUUCCAAGGAUACAAAGACAGACUCGAGGUGUACGUGAAACAUCGUCUGGCUACGAUAGUUCGGACAACGAAACUUCAACAAAUUAUAAAUAUAGCCGUAAAUAUCGUUCUGACCCUGACUUCAGGAUGCAAAAUCUUCACACUUCUUAUCAGCACGCCACUGGCGUUCCUUUGGUUGCAAUGCAACAGGCUGGUAUACGUGGGGAAUCCCACUGGACCAACUCCAGGCAUAAGUCAAUUAGUGAAGCGAACUUGUUAGGAAUCGAUUCCAAACCCACCCGAUCAUAUACAAAUAGACGGAACAGUGUUGCAGAUUUUGUACCAGACAACGAUCACCAAAGCUACCUCAUGCCAUCCUCUCAUCUCGGCGGACGAAUGUCAAAAGCUGGAAGUCACAUGUCCCUAGCACAGUCACGAAAGCAUUCCACCUUACGACCUGGAGACCAUCUAGACGGUUACACGCAUUCCGCGUACAUAUAUCCUAAUUAUUACGUAAACAAUUUAGAAAUAACAUCACCUGAGAACAAAUCGACAUUACUUGUAUCAGGACUAAGUUUUGAAGUAAAAUCAGGGGAAAUUUUAGCAGUAUUGGCAACAUCGCAGCAAGAAGCAACUGGUUUGCUGGAUGUUUUAGCAGGUGCUAGAAAGAAGCUGUCAGGCGACAUAGUCCUGAAUGGCCAGGCGGUGGCGUCUUCCACGCUGCGGCGCGUGUCGGCGUACGUGCGUAGCGACACGUCGCUGUGCGCCGCCAUGACGGUGGAACACACGCUGCGCUUCCACGCCGCCCUCCGCCGCCCCCGGCACAACCACAACCAAAUGAAGAUGGACGACAGAGAUCGGAUUAAUCUGUUGAUCGAAGAGUUAGGUUUAGAACAAGUACGUGACACAAACGUUGUUCGUCUCACUCGAUCUGAAAUCCGUCGGUUGAAUGUUGCUUGUCAACUAUUACUCGAUAUGGCGAUACUUAUUCUCGAUCAGCCCACGAAGGAAAUGGACAUCUUCGACACAUUCUUCUUGGUGGAGUACUUGAGGAAUUGGGCUAGUACAGGGCGAGUUGUAAUUAUGUCCUUACAUCCGCCUACCUAUGAAAUAUUCGCUAUGCUCACUAAAGUAGUUUUAAUCUCAGCUGGUCGUACGAUGUUUAGCGGUUAUAGAAGAGACAUGUUGCCAUAUUUUGCCUCCAUUGAUUACCCAUGUCCCGCUUUCAAGAACCCUUCUGAUUACUAUCUGGACCUAGUGACGCUGGACGACCUCUCCGCCGCCGCCAUGCUGGAGUCGUCGGGCCGCAUCGAGGCGCUGGCGGGCGUGUUCGCGGGCGCGCAGUCCGCCCCCGAACCGCCGCCGCCCGUGCCGCUCCCCGCGCCCGCCACGCGCCCCAACGUGUUAUCGCAGGCCUUCGCGCUCGUCGAAAAAAGUUUGCUGUAUACGCAAAUGACGACAUUAUCCAACGUUAUAACUCGAAUAAUAAUAGCAGCCGUCAUGUCUCUCAUCACUGGCACUAUAUUCUGGGAUCUACCUUCAACAGAUGCAAAGCUGAGCCAGCACGACCGCGUGGGCUACCACUACAGCGUGAUGUGCGUGUGCGCGUGGCCGGCGCUGCUGUGGCUGAGCGCGCGCGAGGCGGGCGCGGCGCGCGCGCACGUGGAGCGCGACGUCGCCGUCGGCCUCUACUCGCGCACCGUCUUCGUGCUGGUCGAUCAAUUUUUGGAAAUUUGGUCGGCCAUACUGACGUGGUUGGCGUAUUUGGUUCCGAGCUAUGCUAUGAGCGGCUUGUAUGCUCAGUCACUUGGAUCUUUCGACGGUUUCUAUAUUUAUUUAGGAUAUAUGCUGUUAUAUCUAAUUAGCAUACAAAUGCUGUGUCGGGCUGCUAUAUUUUUAAUACCAAUGGAAAAAACCGCGUCAAUUCUGUCUGGUUUCUGUCUGUUUCUCACCACUCUUGUGAAUGGAGUCAUGUUACACCAACAAGAUCUACCACGCUAUGUCAAAUGGUUGGAAUACGUGUCCCCUUCAAAAUGGACGCUGCCAGAGAUUCUGAGACGGGAGUUGAGCGAAGUAGCGUUGAGAAGCAGUAUUAGUAAAGAUUUAAGAUGCACCAAUAAACAGAGGCAGCAUUUAGACAUCAUAGUGCAAUCUCCAUGUCCUCCGCCAAACGGUACACAAGUCUUAUCAAAUUUUGAAUACCUGAGGUCUGACAACAUCUGGGAGUGGACCGAAGACAGUUUUCUGAUUGCUUUAGCUAUUUUCUACGCAGUUUUCGCUCUAGUCGCCAUGUUUGCUUUUGUCUUUGAUUGCACGAAAUAUGUCAAAACCAAGGAAAGAGCCUCUAGACGAGGUCAUAAAGUAACUGUCAAUACGCCUUAAAAAUUUCGGUGCUUAUUUUUAUUCGUAUUUUUCGCCAUUUUUGGUGCUAACUUAUGCAAGUGUUAGUGAUUUAUUCCUUAUUAUCAAUUAUCAAAUUUAUAUAUUAUUGAAUUAUUGUCAUAAGGUUUACGUAUAAGUGUAACAUUGUCACAGUUUGAUUGCAUUUCUUCUUUAUAUCGAAUCUCAAUACUUAAAUAUUUAUAGCAUGUUGUAUGUUUAAAUAAUGGUUUUUUAAGCUAAACUUGAUUAAAAAAUUCAAUACAAUUAGGUUAUAAUUAAUUUUAAAAUAAUUAUAAUAAAUGUACAAAAAAUUAUAUUAUUAACAAGGAAUUUAAAUUUUAGAUAUAAUUAAAUGAAGAAGGCUGAAUAUUACGAUGUCUUCCGUCCAUAAUAAAAAGCAAGUUCAGAUUGCCUUAUUUAAUUAAUAGUGAUGUUGUAUAAUAAUCUAUGUACAAUAAGUUAUAUGGUGUCUACUUAAUUUAAGACAUAUAUCACAAUUUUAGGCCUAAGUAUUUUUUAUAUAAUAUAAUUCUAUCAGAAGAGAUUUUGUCUAAGGAAAUCUAUAGCCUAUUUAUAGAGGCUUUCUAUUAUCCUGUUUAAUAUGUAUGGUAUGAAACUGAAAUAAUUAAGCCUACCACUAUGAAUUCUGUUUAAUAUUAUUAACAAGUCUGUUAAUACUAGUACGUCAUAUAUUAGAUAAUACGGAAUUUUCUUUUAUUCUUCUUUACUAUGUAGGUUAUGUUUAAAAAUAGAACAUGAUUAAAUUACCUACGAAAACUUUUUAACUAUGUGUAUAUUUUUGGUGGGUUUAAUUUUUCUGGUAUUUUAACAUAUGAUAGGUUUAAUUAUUGGAAGUUGUCCACUCUGAUAUUUCAAAUGCAGUCAGUCAGAAUUGUAAUCUUAUUUUUAUUCGUCUUAAACUGCACCAAAUGUCCUUGCCGGUGCGAUCGAUCGAUGCAAAUUUAUCUUAAAUAUAUAAUCUACGAUGCGUCGUAACAUAGUAUUUUUAGUUAGAAAAACUAUAGUUUUUCAUAACACUGCCUUUGGAUAAUGCUCACAAAAUGAAUAUAUUUCGUAACAUUUAUUUUUAUAUUGAUUCCAGUGAUUGUUGUAAGUUUAAUCAUAAAGUCAAUUAUUAAUUAAUUAAUUUAUGAAUAAAACUUUUUGAUAGAAAAAGUAUUUAAAUAAGAUUACGAACGAGGAGCCAUAAUAUUAG